AUGGAUUUAAAAGGCCAGCGGUUUACCCUUGACUUCUCCGACGACGAGGAUGAAUCUGGGCUAGCCUCUAGAAUUCCACAAAACGCCAUUCCUUCCCUGUCAUCUGCCUUUAUCGGCGACAUCAAAGAACGUUCAACUGCCCCACCUUCCGCCCCCAAACUUAAGAGUACUCCUACUGGAUUUCCAGAGCAUAAGAAGAGGACGAGGAUAUCUGCCUUCAAACAGCAGAGAGGUGGAUCUACAAAGUCGCCGAGUGGAGAUACGGAUAAUGCAUUCGGCCUGCCUACUUCACAAUCGCCUCAACCAGCGACAGGCGGAGUUGCUCUAGAUCCCAGCGCCGAUGAGACUGAACGCCGGCGUAUCGAUGAGGAGAACAAGAAGAAAUUAGAGAUGAUGUCGUCUGAGGAAAUAGAUGAAGAGAGACAAGAGUUGUUAGCCGGGCUGAAUCCCUCUUUAAUACAAAGACUUUUGAAGCGAGCAAAUCUAGAUGACGGGCGUGGCGAUACUGGGAUCGAAGCACCUUCCUCGAGCAUCGAGAAUGAAAAGCCGGCAGUACCACAAGAUGACAAAGAUGCUGUUCCAGCCCCCACGACUACUGGUAAACCAGUUAUAGCACCAAAGUCUGUGAGGUUUGAAGAGGAGGAACCCACACAACCCAUAGCUCUUCAACCGGCCUCGAAUCCCCCAACUGAACCUAUCCACAAUAUGGAACCAGCAGUACAUUUCCCCAACGCUCCAUCUGCCCCCGAUCUCGACCCCUCCGACCCCUCAUUCCUUGAAAACCUUCAUACCAAGUACUUCCCAAACCUUCCAGCCGAUCCUUCGAAACUCGCAUGGAUGGCACCAUUACCAACACAUGGCUCUGUAGUAGACCAAGAAUCCCCUUACUAUCCAGCCCAUGAAGCUCUCGCAGCAUCUGCACUCCGCUUUGAUUUCAGGGGCGGUCUACUGCCACCCCGAAUCUCAAGAGCAAUGCCUAGCACAAAAGGUCUACAUCAUCACGGCGAAGCCCCAGAAGCGGCAGGGUAUACCGUCCCAGAAUUAGCAAGACUUGCCAGAUCUGCCUAUCCUGCGCAGCGAUGUAUUGCGUUUCAGACUUUGGGUCGAUUGCUAUACAGAUUGGGUAGAGGAGAGCUUGGGUAUGAGGAUAGCGAGAUAGCCAAAGGAUUAUGGAAGUGCGUGGAGGAAGGGAAGAUUAUCGAGACUUUAGAAGAGGCUGCCAAUGCCGAGGGAGGUCAUCAAGGAAGCAAGGUCUAUGCUGUAGAAGCUACAUGGCUUUGGCGGAAGGGUGGAGGCAAGCGCUGGAAGGCCACCUGA